GCUGCCGCUUUGUUCCCGCUAGGGGUGGGGUGAGGGAGGAGGAGGAGGUGGCGGCGGCCUAGCUCGAGCCUCCGGAAGGAGGACGUGGCAACGGGCGGUGCUGGGCUGUGCAGGAGCCUCGGGGCCGGGCUCCGCGCCAGUGGCCAAUAACAUGUUCAGAAGGAAGGUUCAAGAAAUUCGCUAGGAGAUGAAUGGAAUCAUGGAGGCAUAGAAGAAUUAUCUUCAAGAAGUUUUCUUACCUCACUAAAGUUCACGUUCCUGUUUAGGCCUGAUAUUUUUUCCACACUGAAGCAAAAUGAAUGUGAAGAGUCGAAACCAUUUGGUUCUAAACCGGUUAGCGUUGGAAAGAGACAUCCAAACCUCUUAUAUUAUGGAUCAUAUGAUUAGUGAUCAAGUACUAACAUUACAGGAAGAGGAGAAAGUUAAAGCACAGGCUACACGGCAGGACCGAGCAGCUAUGCUAAUAAGCAUUAUUCUUAAAAAAGAUAACAACUCAUACAUAUCUUUCUAUAAUGCACUGCUUCAUGAAGGGUACAAGGAUCUUGCAGCUCUUCUCCAUGAUGGCAUCCCAAGUAUCACCUCUUACGAUAGAAAGAACUCUACAGAUGGAGUAGCCUUUUGUGUGAGGACAAUCCUCUGUGAAGGUGGAGUGCCACAGAGACCAGUUGUGUUUGUUACUCGUCCAGAACUGGUAAAUGAAAUUAGACAGAAACUAUACAACUUAAGAGGUGAUCCAGGUUGGGUUACUGUUUAUGGAAUGGCAGGUUCUGGGAAGUCUGUCUUAACAGCUGAGGCACUAAGAGAUGAAAGACUCUUGGAAGAGUGCUUUCCCGGAGGAGUACAUUGGAUUUCUGUUGGAAAACAGGACGAUGCAGGGCUUCUAAUGAAACUUCAGAAUCUUUGUAGUAGAUUAGAUCUGGACUUCACUUAUGCACAAAGGCCACCGCUUAAUAUUGGAGAGGCUAAAGACCGUCUUCGUCUGCUGAUACUACAUAAAUACCCCAGGUCUCUCUUGGUCCUGGAUGACAUUUGGGAUUCUCAGACAUUAGCGGCUUUUGAUAAUCAUUGUAAAGUUCUUAUUACCAGCAGGGAUAGGAGUGUGACAGAUCAUGUGACUGGCAAGAAAUAUGAAGUUCACAUGGAAAGUGGAUUGAGUAAUGAGAAAGGACUUGAAAUUUUAUCUCUCUUUGUUGAUAUGAAAAUAAAUGAUAUGCCUGCCCAAGCUGAUAAAAUUGUAAGAGAAUGCAAAGGUUCGCCUCUUGUGUUAUCAUUGAUAGGCGCAUUAUUACGCGAUUUCCCCAAUCGUUGGGAAUAUUAUCUCAGACAGCUGCAGAAUAAGCAAUUUAAAAGGAUAAAGAAAUCUUCUUCUUAUGAUUAUGAAGCACUUGAUGAAGCAAUGUCCAUAAGUGUUGAAAUGCUGAAUGAAAACUUUAAAGACUUCUAUAAAGAUCUUUCUAUUCUUCCAAAGGAUGUUAAAGUGCCUACUAAGGUGUUCUGUAUUCUUUGGGAUAUGGAGCCUGAAGAAGUUGAAGACAUACAGCAAGAAUUUGUAAACAAAUCUCUCUUAUUCUGUGAUCGUAAUGGGAAAUCAUUCCAUUAUUAUUUGCAUGAUCUUCAACUUGACUUCCUCAUAGAGAAGAAUCGUGAGCAACUUCAGGAGCUGCAUGAAAAGAUUGUUAAACAGUACAAGAAACAUUAUAGAUUAUGUAUACCUACUCCAGGUGAAGAGGAUUGCAUGUACUGGUAUAACUUUUUAGCGUUCCACAUGGCUAGCGCUAAAAUGCAGGAAGAACUGUGUGAUCUCAUGUUUUCUCUAGAUUGGAUUAAAGCCAAAACAGAAUUAGUAGGACCUGCCCAUCUGAUUCAUGAAUAUGUAGAAUACAGUUAUAUACUGGAUCAAAAGAAUAGCCUAGCACGUGGGAACUUUCAGAAAUUUCUCUCUUUAAAUGGACACCUUCUUGGACGACAGCCAUUUCCUGAUAUUCUACAAUUAGGGCUUUGUCAACCAGAAACCUCAGAAGUAUAUCAACAAGCUAAACUAAAGGCACAACGAGAAGUUGAUAAAGGAGCAUUUUAUGUGGAAUGGAUAAAUAAAGGCAUGAAAAACCUCUCCCGUUUGGUUGUCCGACCACACACAGAUGCAGUUUACCAUGCCUGCUUUUCCCAGGAUGGACAGAAAAUAGCUUCUUGUGGAGCUGACAGAACAGUGCAGGUGUUUAAAGCAGAAACUGGAGAGAAACUUCAGAGUGUAGAAGCUCAUGAUGAUGAAGUACUUUAUUGCGCUCUCUCUCCAGAUGGUAGAUUCAUAGCAACUUGUUCAGCAGAUAACAAAGCGAAGAUCUGGUGUUUAAGAACAGGCCAGAGUAUAUAUGACUGUGAGGAACAUACAGAGCAGGUCAACUGUUGCCAUUUUAACAGUGGAAAUAAUAAGCUUCUCCUGACUACCUGCUCAAAUGACAGUUUGCUCAAGCUUUGGGAUGUAAGAAAAAAGCAUUGUCAAAACACAAUGUUUGGUCAUACAAGUUCUGUCAAUCAUUGUAGAUUUUCACCAGAUGAUAAAUAUGUGGCUAGUUGCUCAGCAGAUGGAACAGUGAAGCUUUGGGACACAAGCUCAGGAAAUGAACUGAAAUGUAUUAAGAUAAAGGAUUUCUUCAGAAAUGCUGAUGAGCUAGAAGUGGAAGUGUUACCCAAGUGUUGCUCCUGGUCAACAGAUAGUGCUACAGUAAUGGUGGCAGCCAAAAAUAAACUUCUUCUUUUAGAUGUUGAAACCAGUGAUUUAUUAGAAGAGGUUUUGAGUUACCAAAACGCAAUCCAGUACUAUGACUUUUGCCCCAGCAAUCAACUGGUAGCAGUUGUCUUGUCACACUAUUUUGUUGAGUUGUGGAAUACUAAAACCAAGACAAAAGUAGCUGACUGCAGGGAACACAUGAGUUGGGUUUACUGUGUGACAUUUUCCCCUGAUGGCUCUUUAUUUCUGACAUCUUCUGAUGACCAGACGAUAAGGAUUUGGGAGACAAGUAAAGUGUGCAAGCCUCCAGAAAUUGCAUUGAAAAGUGAACUAGAUGUUGCAUUCCAGGGCGAUGAAGUGAUGAUUUUAGGAAUUCUCAAUCGUACACAUCUACAACUAAUUAAUGGAAACACAGGCCAUACUGUCAGUCUGACUGAUGUCGAGGAAUCUAUUUCCUGCUGUUGCCUGAGUGAAGAUCUUCAAUUUGCAGCAUUUGGACAGGAGAAUGGAACUGUAAAGGUUUUAGAGGUGUCAGGUGGGAGAGUUUUGAAAUCUAGACGUGGACACAAGACCUCUGUACAACAUUGCCUAUUUACCUCUGAUGGCCAGACCCUCAUUUCAAGUGAUGUUGAUGAUCCGAUUAUACAGGUGUGGAAUUGGGAGUUGGAAGAAUGCUUAUUUCUAGAAGGUCACAAUGAAACAAUCAAGAAUUUUAGGCUUUUGGAAAAUUCACGUCUUCUUUCUUGGUCAUUUGAUGGAACAGUUAAGGUGUGGAAUAUUGUUUCUGGGAAAAUAGAAGUCAACUUUGCUUGCCAUAAAGAUACUGUUCUCUCUUGUGCCGUCUCUCCUGAUGCCACUAAGUUUUCAUCUACCUCUGUUGAUAAAACUGCCAAGAUAUGGAGCUUCAAAAGUUCCUCCAUUCUUCAUGAGCUAAAGGGUCAUGAAGCCUGCGUGCGAUGUUGUACUUUUUCAUUUGAUAACAAAUUAUUGGCCACUGGAGAUGACAAAAGGGAAAUACGGAUUUGGGAUGUGUCAAGCGGUGAAUUACUUCAUCUCUGCUCCCCCGUCACUGUAGAUGAAGGAGGUCCAACACAUGAUUACUGGGUGACAGACCUCUGUUUUUCUCCUGACAGUAAGAUGCUUGUGUCUUCUGGAGGAUAUCUUAAGUGGUGGAAUGCCGUUACUGGAGAAUCCUUGCAAACAUUCUACACAAAUGGAACAAAUCUCCAAUCAAUAUAUGUGUCCUCUAAUUUCAAAAUAUUUGUGACUGUUGAUAACCUUGGUAUCCUUUAUGUACUACAGAUGAUGGAAUGAAUCUAUUAAAUGUUUUGGAUGUGACAGUUCAUGCAACUGAAUUGCAUAGUUUUGAGCUGGAAACAAAAUUCCACUAAAUCUGUUUAACGUUCAUUAUGCUGUGAAGUGUUUUUCAAUAUUGCAUUCAUUAAAUGAAUUUGUAUGGGUAAUAUUUAUGUACAUUCUCAAAUGAGCAUACAUUUAAUCUUGGUUUUUGAUCAACAUUAUUACUGUUAAUGGUUUGUCCUUGAAUUUUGAUUUGCACCUUAAAAUAUGCAACUUGUUACGCUGUAUGUAAAAUUAUAUUAAGAUUUAUUCAAGCAGGGUGAGAUCAUUAAUAAAGAGCAGAAGGAGAUAUACUAGGACUAGAAUACAGGAGAACUCCAUUUUGUGCAGGUUAUAUAGCAAAUGUUUUCAGGCUAUGGGAACAGCUAACAUGCAAAAAAAAUGUUUUACUAUGUAUGCAUGACUGCUUUAAUGGAUACAGAACAGAAAGAACUGGAGACUUGGUGUAUAUUGGAAAAUGAAAUUUUAACAAAGUUAGUACUGUUUCAGGACCAUGACAAUAUUUGAGAGAAAUCCAGUAAGGGAUCUGUUUGUACAGCAGUGCUGCUCUGUGCUGCUGCACAAAACCAUUGUUUUCCAGAUCUGUGAAGAUGCAGAGCAUUGUAGAGGGUGGUGAGUGUGGUGUACAUGGGGGAAAGAUAACUAAGUGCACUUUUUUUCUCAAGAACCAGUACCUGUGUUGCAGGAGAGAGGUGGUGUACCCCUUUCUUACACAAAGUAAGGAUACAAAGAUUGGAAGUUAAGCUUCAUGUAAAAUAGGUAUGAAGGUUUGUGCUGAAAAAUAUAGGAAGUAGUAAAAUGUGAGUUACUUUGCAUGACUAUGAACUCUGUGCCAUGAUGAUAUUUUAUCCUCUCCUGGUCUGGUUUGUUUACAGGAGAUUCUCUGCACAGAAAUCUCUUCUUCCCUCCACCAGCGAAUGUCAUUUUUAAUGUAUUUCUUGAUCCAGUUAUAAGGUAUAAUAUUAGAGAUUUUCUAGUCUAAAUGUGACUUUCCUUAACGUAGACUUUGAGAAUAUUUAAAUAACAAAAUUUCUAAGCAAACACAAGUGAGCCUUGUUCUAGUCGAAUGAUUCUAAAUCCGUUAGUUAGUUUUCUGCGUCUGGGUCACUUGCUCAGGCAAAAAGUAAUUGUAAUUUCUACAACUUGGUGAUAAUAGCAAAAUAUUUUUACUUUGAAUGUUUAGCAUAUGUUUAACAAAUGUUUGCACCAGUUGGUAUUAAGUAAUAAACUUCUCAUUUUCAAUAAUUGUUCAGUUUGAAUUUCAGAACGAGUUUUAAAAUCAUUCUUAAUGUUUUUCUAUGUUUUAGCAAAUUUUUGUUUUUCCAAUCUGUGGUUUUCUAUAAUUAAACCCCUGUGUUAAGGCAGUAUUGAAUACGGGUCAGAUAUAAUUUUUAAAGUAUUGCUGGCCAGACAUGUGUUUUGUAUAUUACAUAUGUACAUAUAAAGCAUUAAAUAAAGACAAUCCAGGCAGCUACAGCCUAAUUUUGUAACCAA